CUCGACGCGUACCGAACUUUUUUUUCUGCCUCCACAAUGUCUACAUUUUUCCAGAAUGCUCGGGUUGCUUCUGCAAAUAAUGGACAACUUCCUCCCGAAGCACAACCAUGGGUAGAGAAAUAUCGGCCGAAGUCUAUGAACGAGAUCGCAUCUCAGGAACAAGCAGUACAAGUGUUGAAAAAAGCAUUAACAUCAAACAAUCUUCCUCAUUUACUGUUUUACGGACCUCCUGGAACAGGCAAAACUUCAACCAUUUUAGCACUUGCCCGCGAACUUUUUGGUCCAGAACUGAUAAGGUCUCGUGUUCUUGAACUUAAUGCGUCUGAUGAACGUGGAAUCCAAAUCGUUCGCGAAAAAGUCAAGAACUUUGCCAGAACCACCGUAACCGCUACUGUAGAUGAUUACCCAUGUCCACCGUACAAAAUUAUCAUUCUCGACGAGGCUGAUUCUAUGACAACCGAUGCUCAGUCCGCACUACGACGAACAAUGGAGACAUACUCUAAGACAACUCGAUUUUGCUUAGUCUGCAACUAUGUCUCGAGAAUUAUCGAACCAUUGACAUCUCGUUGCGCAAAGUUUCGAUUCAAGCCAUUGCCGAUUGAAAAAUUGAAGGAGAGAAUUGCCAUGGUUUGUGAGCAAGAAGGCGUACAGAUUGAACCUGAGGCUACUAGUACGCUGAUUAAAGCUUCCAAUGGAGAUCUUCGUAAAGCUAUCAUGUUCCUUCAAAGCGGUGCAAAGCUUCAUGCAGGAGAGAAGAUUGUGGCUUCCUCUAUCAAUGAAAUGGCAGGCAUUGUUCCACCUGAAGUCAUGAGCUCCCUUACUGCUGCCUGGUACAGCACUGAGUACCAGGAGAUAAGUAAGAUUGUAAACGAAGUGAUGAAUGCUGGCUUUUCUGCUGAGCAAAUUCUGUCACAGAUGCAUGACCAUCUCGUUACAGACGGAGAUCUAUCAGCAUACAAAAAGGCAAAGAUAUCACUCGUUCUUGGCGAAGUAGACUUGUGCUUGAUCAAUGGAGCUGAUGAGCAUUUACAGAUCCUCAAUUUAAUGCUUAAAGCAGCAGACAUUGUUACUCACUAGAAGCGGUCCCAGCGAAAACGAGUCUUCUCUGUACACCCUAAUCACAACCUUUUUCUUCUGUACAAUAUCUAAAACAUAAAUUCAUUCAAUAACAAUAAGACAAAACAAAACAAAAAAAGAAA